AUGGAUUCAGAGAAGCUCUCCUCCCAUCAGACUUCUUCUGAUAGUGCUCUCGAUGAGACCAAGUUCGAAGAUACAGCAUUUGCACCGAUCUCUUCCCCGAAAGACGACGCCACACACCCACAGAAACAGCACAGCAAUACGUCUAGACUAGAGCGCAGUUGGUCUUUGAACGAUGGCGUUAGUAUCGGAGGUAACGAGAUCCAGAACGACGAAGAAUCUAGGCAAGAUGGAGACGAGGAUACUUCCUUUAUUGUGGAUUGGGAAGAGAAUGACUCAAUGAACCCGCGCAACAUGAGUACAGCCAGGAAAUGGCUUAUAGUUAUAAUUGUCUCAUUGGGCUCCAUCUGCGUGACCUAUACAUCGUCCGUUUACACCACAACCUAUGGCCAGCUGAUGCCGGAUUUUAAAUGCUCCCGAGAAGUCGCCACACUGGGGUUGUCACUUUUCAUCUGGGGUCUUGGAGUUGGUCCGCUCUUUCUUAGUCCCUUAUCCGAGUUUUAUGGCCGGAGAAAUAUCUAUCUCAUUUCUUUCACCUUUUUCCUGAUCUGGCUUAUCCCAUGCGCAGUUGCAACGAAUAUCCAGACGUUGAUCAUAUGUCGAUUCUUCAAUGGACUCGCAGGAAGCGCAUUUUUGAGUGUUGCUGGCGGUACUGUUGGUGAUAUGUUUAAUCGACAGGAACUUGCCUUUCCUAUGAUGGUGUAUACGGCAAGCCCAUUCCUUGGACCAGACCUUGGGCCCCUCGUCGGCGGCUUCAUUAAUGAAUUUACCAAUUGGCGUUGGACAUUUUAUGUGCUUCUGAUAUGGACCGGCAUCUUGCUGGUAUCGCUGAUUUUCCUAGUCCCAGAGACGUAUCACCCAGUACUUUUGAGACGCAAAGCACAGAAGCUUCGCAAAGAAACAGGAGACGAGCGAUGGAUAGCCCCGAUUGAGAAAAUGAAUCGUUCAGUGACACAGACAGUUCUGCGGUCGUGUCUCCGCCCACUUCAGCUUCUGGUACUAGAGCCUAUGUGUUUGAACUUGUGCCUAUUUUCUGCGAUUCUGUUAGGUAUUCUAUACCUUUUCUUUGGGGCCUUUCAACUGAUCUUUGAGGAAGUGUACGGAUUUCAAUUGUGGCAAAGAGGCUUAUGCUUCAUGGGACUUGCCGUUGGUAUGGCCAUCGGGACAGCAUCAGAUCCAAUCUGGCGUCGCAACUAUGCUCGACUCGAACGCAACUAUCAGGCUGUGCACGGUACCGACAAAUUCCAGCCAGAGUGGCGACUACCUCCAGCGAUUCUGGGUGGUCCAUUGGUAACCAUCGGUCUCUUCAUCUUUGCCUGGACGAUCUACUCUGAUGUGCACUGGAUUGCUCCGAUCAUAGGUAGUGGCGUGUUCGGAAUAGGAAUGUUGCUUGUGUUCUCAGGUGUCUUCACAUUCUUAGUGGACGCAUAUCCAAUGUUCGCUGCAAGUGCACUGGCGGCAAAUAGUUUCAUGCGGUCUUCCUUUGGAGGCAUCUUUCCCCUGUUUGGAAUCCAGAUGUAUGACAAGCUUGGGUUCCAUUGGGCCACAUCAUUACUAGCAUUUUUGACAUUAAUCAUGGCACCUUUCCCGUAA